UAUGCCUGCAGUGUUCCCUGCGCUGUGGUCUAGACGUUGUGGGCUUUGUAGGUCUAGCAUCAAGUGUGAGUUAAUUUUGUGAGAUUUUCUGAGUCUUUGUCCCGGAGUUUCUUUCGGAUGGUGUUCCAGAAACAGUUCUAGAAAAGAUUGUGCUACUUUAUCAAAGGUCUGCCAGGAAAUUUCAGGGAGGAUUGACUGAGGUGAGAAGAAGAUGUCGUCGUCGUCCUUGGAGUAGGUGGCACUUUGAGACGUCCACAGAAGGAGCAGUGUUUUCCCUGCUUGCCUUCACUUCUUGCUGGUGAGUGCAUCUGUCUCAUUGCUGCUGCUGCUGCCAUCCUUCCUGACAUUGGAGUCAGCUUCUUGGGCCUUCCAGUGUGGACUGAAGACCACUGACAAAGCUGUCCUGGUGCCUUCCGAGCCCUUAGUGCCAGAUUGAAGCUCUGAGGCUUCCAGCCUUGUGGACGGAACCUCUCCAUCAUGGAGAUGGCCAUUGUUGGACUCUCCAGGCCUGAUGAGGGUUUGGUGAGCUUUGAGGAUCUGGUGGUGCAUUUCACCCAGGAUGAGUGGGAUUUGCUAGAUACUUCUCAGAAGACUCUCUACGGAGCUGUGAUGCUGGAGACCUUCAGGAACUUAACUGAUACAGGAUAUGAAUGGGAAGACGAGACACUUGAAGACCAUUAUGAAGAGCCUGAAGUAAAUCUAAGGAACAUCGUCUCUCACUCUGAAUACACACAGUAUGAACAUGAGGACUAUGAAGAGAAGCCACCUGAUUCUAAUUUUCUCACAAGUAUUGAAGGAUACACAGAGACUAAGACUUCGAGUGGACCCUCUGUGUGUGAGGUGUGUUUAAAGACCUUUGGACUGUACCACCUAACUUACAAUGGACAUCACAACUAUGACUACAAGGAGCUCAGAGGAGGAAGCCAGACUGAGGAAAAUGAUUCUGAAGGUAAUCAGUGUGAGAAAACUUCCGGUUCCCUUCAAAAAGAAGAAAAAUCUCAUACUGGAAAAAAACUCUAUAUGUGUCAAGAGUGUGGUAAAGCCUUUAGGUAUCCCAGCGCCCUUCAAUUACAUGAAAGAAUUCAUACUGGGGAAAAACCCUACGAGUGUAAAGACUGUGGGAAAGCCUUUAGAGGUCUUAGCGCCCUUCACCUACACGAAAGAAUUCACACUGGAGAAAAGCCCUAUGAGUGUAAGCGGUGUGGGAGAGCCUUCACGUAUCUCAGUGCCCUUCAAUUGCAUGAAAGAAUCCAUACUGAGGAAAGACCCUGUGAGUGUAAACAGUGUGGGAAGACUUUUAGAUAUAGCAGGGCCCUCAAAUUACAUGAAAGGAUUCACACUGGAGAAAAGCCCUAUGAAUGUAAACAAUGUGGUAAAUUUUUCAGAAGUCACAGGACCCUUAAAUUACAUAAAAGAAUUCAUACUGGAGAAAAACCCUAUGAGUGUAAAGAAUGUGGGAAAGCUUUUAGAUGGCUUACUUCUCUGAAGUUACAUGAAAAGAUUCAUACUGGAGAGAAACCCUAUGAAUGCCAAGAGUGUGGGAAAGCCUUCAGAUGUCAGGCUUCCUAUCAUAGACAUAAAAUAACUCAUGGUGGAGAAACAUUGUAUGAAUGUAAGGAGUGUGGUAAGUCCUUCAUUUAUCCCUCCUUACUUCAAGUGCAUGAAAGAACUCACACUGGAGAAAAACCCUUUGAGUGUAAGCUCUGUGGGAAAGCUUUUAGGUGUCAGUCCUCGCUUCGAUUACAUGAGAGAACACACACGGGAGAAAAACCCUAUGAGUGUAAGCACUGUGGCAAGGCCUUUUCAAGUUAUAAUUACCUUCGAUUUCACGAAAGAAGCCACACUGGAGAGAAACCCUACGAAUGUAAGGAGUGUGGUAAAACCUUCACACAUCGCUCUUACCUUCGAUCACACGAGAGAAGACAUACUGGGGAGAAGCCGUACCAGUGCGUUCAGUGUGGCAGAUCCUUCAGUCGUCAUAGUUCCUUUAAGAGACACCAGUCUGUUCAUGGAGAAAGUCCAUAUGAACAGUAUCUAAUUCCAUUAUCCCCAUUUCCAUCAAAGGAAUGAAAUAACAAACUGGCAACAACCCCUUUGAAUGUAAACAAUGUAGCAAAUACUCCCAUCCACAUAAAAUACAUGCAAGAACUCAAGACAAGGAAGAAACUUUUAUAUGUAAAAUGUGUGGCAUAGCCUUCAGGGGUCUCGGCCUUCAAAGAAGGAAUUCUUGCUGGCCAAAGUUUGUUUGUUACCAAUGUGGUAAGUGUCGCUUGUUACACUUCCAUUCAGCGUAGUAAGUUAAUUCAUGCUGGGCAAAUGCCCUAUGAAUGUAUGAGAUAUGGUUAAUCUUUCAUUUAUAUCUGUUUGCCUUAAAAUCAUGAAAGAACUCAGAGGUGAAAAACCCCCACAUGAAUAUAAACAAUGUGGAAAAGCCUUCAGGUGUCACAGGUCCUUUCACUAGCAUGGAUGAAAUGUCAUGUUGGAGAGAAUGUGAAUGUGAGGUGUUAAAGCCUUUAGAUAGCAUUGCUUCCUUAGAUUCUGUGAGUGAAUUCCAACUGGGAAAGUUUCCAACUGGAAGCAGCUGUGAACCCUUUAAGGUCGCAGUUCUUUACGAAGCUUGUGGUGAUGGAAGGUGGGCAGUUCUGUAAGUGUAAGGAGGUGGGAACUUAAUGGUUGCUGGGAAAAGGACAUUUCCUUUGCAGUGGCUUCCCAUGACUUGCCUGUGCUCUUGUAAAUACCCCACAUUAGCUCAGUGAUUCCUCAUGCCACACUUGGGUAGAGUCACUCUUGGUCCCUGUCAUUCAUGCACAGUCUGGGAUGAACAGACCUUCAUAAAUGUCUUCAGGCUUUUAAAGUUGUGCUGUGUUUACAUCUGUGUGAAACGCCGAGAAGGAGGGGGAGGCUGUGGCUUAAAGUGCCUUGCUUCUCUCUUGGGUGGUGCUUCAGUUGUCGACUGGGUGCAAUCUGGUGUCACCUGGGAAGAAAAUCUCAGUACUCACUUGUCUGGGUUCCGUUUGCCUUGACACAGCUGUGAGGGAUUUUCAUACUAGGGUUAAUUGAGGUAGGAAGACCCAUCCUGAAUGCUGUCUGCACUGUUUUAUGGACUGAAUAAAAAGGACAGAAGCAGCUGAGCACAGAUUCCUUGCUGUCUGCCUUGGGACUGUGUCUACCACCGUGUCAUGCUCCAGCCAACAUGACUGGCCCACAGUAAUGGAUUGUAACCUGAAACUGUGAGCUGAAAUAAACCCUUUCUUCUCUAAA